AUGCCUUUUCUUGGUCAAUGCAGAUCAAUUACCGAAUUCAAAGUAGAAUCUCGUCUCGGAGAAGGCACAUACGGUGCUGUAUCGCUCGCCCGAGACACCAAAUCAAACCAAUUUGUAGCGGUCAAGAAAUUACGACUAGCUCCUGAAGGUGAUGGAGUCCAAGGAUUGCCCAUUUCAAGCUUACGAGAAAUACAGUUAUUGAGAAAGACACAGCAUGAUAAUAUUGUUAAGGUUUUGGAGGUAGCUGUUGGGAAUCGAUUAGAUGAUAUACAUCUAGUUAUGGAAUACUGUGAACAUGAUAUGGCAUACUUGAUUGACAAUGUUAUCAGUCAAAACAAGCCAUUUACAACAGCUGAAGCUGACUUUGGACUCGCUCGAAAAUUUUCUGUGCCGACACGACCAAUGACACCUCAAGUCGUGACAUUAUGGUACCGAGCUCCAGAAGUGCUGUUUGGUGCUAAAGAAUACACUACUGCAAUCGACAUGUGGGCCGCCGGAUGCAUCUUUGCUGAACUCAUUCGAGCGACAGCACUCAUGCCAGGCGCAACAGAAAAAGAACAAGUACUGCUCCUAUGUAAAACUCUAGGAACACCUUCAGAAAAAAUCUGGAUGGACUUUCCAAACCUCCCAUUAGCAAAAUCAUUCCCCCUCUAUCAGCAAGACCACUCUGAUUUACUACGAAUCUUCCACACCUCAUCCCCGGAGACGAGAAGCUUGAUCAAAGCCUGUCUUGUAUACGAUCCUCGAUUACGAAUCUCCGCCGAUAUUGCACUUGAGCAUGCAUAUUUUAUGGGUGAGCUGCCGAGAGCUGUGCAUCCGACUUCGUUGCCAAAGUAUCCGGAUAUACGGACUAAUCCUGGUGCGCUCGCUGGUAUACUUGGGGUACAGCAUCAGCAGCAGCAAGGUGGUGGCAAGUUGAAGAGGUUGGGAGAUGACAAGUUGGAUGCUAUGAGGAGGAAACGGGAACGGGAGGAUGAUGUUGUGGGGUAUGAUUUGGAUUUGUUAGCUGCUCCUGCUUUCAAAAGGUUUGACUACAAGUGA